AUGUUCGCCAAAUCUGCCCUCGUUGCGUUCGUGACCCUUGCUACACUUGCGACUGCUACGCCCAUGCAGCCGCGACAAGCCGGAGGACCUAUCUCCCUGCCCAAACGAUCGUCACUUACCAAAUCCGAUGGGACGUUCAAUUAUGACAAGGCUGUCGCUCAGACCGUUGCGACCAAGAACAAACAUCGUCAGAACUUGAUUAAUCUACAGAAUAACACCGGUAGUUUACCUCAGGGUUUCGAGAUCAAGGCCCUCGCUUCGCUUCCUUCAAGCGUUGAGGCUAAUUUGAAAAAGCGUCAGUCUGAGGCAUUGAGUGACGAGGAAGAUGAUGAGGAAUGGGCUGGUACGAUUUCCAUUGGAAGUCCUGGUCAAAGUUUUUUGGUCGACUUUGACACUGGAUCCUCCGACCUCUGGGUUCCUUCGUCGUCCUGUACCAGCUCCACUUGCUCGGCAAAAAGCACAUACGACUCCAGCGCAUCUUCGACCUCUUCCAAGGAAUCCGGCUCUUUCUCCAUCGAGUACGGUGACGGCUCUACCGUUUCUGGUCCUGUCUACGAAGACACCGUUACCGUCGCCGGUAUCCAAGUCUCCAAACAGAAAUUUUCUCCUGUUACCACCCUAUCCUCCAGUUUUGCCUCAGAUCCCGUAGACGGCAUCCUCGGUCUCGCAUUUCCUGCAAUCUCCAACUUAGACGCCGACCCCUUCUUUGUCAAUGCCAAUUCCCAAAACGCUGUAGACUUGAACGAAUUCGGGUUUUACCUCGCCUCAUCCGGAUCUGAGCUUUACUUGGGAGGUGCCAAUUCAGACUUGUACUCUGGAUCGAUUGAAUACCAUGAUGUUGAUACUUCUACUGGAUUCUGGCAGAUUAGUGGUGCUAGUAUCGCUUCGGAUGGUACGACGGCUGUGUCAAAUUUCGCGACGAUCAUUGAUUCGGGAACGACGAUCAUGUAUGGUCCACCCUCGGCCGUGAAGGAGUUUUAUGCACAGGUUUCUGGCUCGAAGUUGUACGACUCGACCGAUGGUUACUACUCAUUCCCUUGUGACAGUGCCCCGGAGGUCUCAUUCAGCUGGGGUGGAGAUUCUUUCACAAUCUCCGCUGACAACUUCAACCUUGGAACAACCUCUUCCGGAGCUUCGACCUGUGUUGGUGCUCUCGCUGCUGAAGACCUUGGUCUUGGAGACAACACAUGGCUUCUCGGUGACAGCUGGAUGAAGAAUGUCUAUACCGUCUUUAGUUUUUCCAAAACUGCUGUUGGAUUUGCCAACCUGGCAUAA